GGGAGAGUCGGCAGCGGGUGCGUAAGCUUCCCCAGGUUGCUCACCCCCGACUGUUCAGUGACAAUUAGCAAAGAAUACGCAACGCGAUCGAGAGUUGAGCGAGUGCUCGCGUGAACCGAAUUGCGCGAUAUAUUGUUCGAAUUUGCAGAUUGACGCACGCGCGAAAGUCAAUUGCGGUGAAAGGGCUGAGUUCUUAUUUACGAGGCGCGCGCAGGGGUGCUUUUCUCCAUGGAUUUGCGACUGCCGCCGUUGAAGAGCGGCAGAUGGGGCGAAAAGCAGAGGAGAGGGAGAAACGCAACAGACGCGAAGCGCGCGUUUCCCGCGCGGCGCACACGUGAGUACAGCGCGAAGGCAACAUAAACGUUGCGUGUUAACGCACGAAACGGGGGAAACGUCAGGUGCCGCACGAUGUUGUGCAUCUUCGCUGAAUUUCACGCCGAGUGAAACGCGUUAGUGUUGCGGAGUGACAUUCGUACGGUCAACGCGAAGAAAGAUUUCGCUUCGACGUUUUGAAAACGCGCUCGGUUUUUUUUUUUUUCGCACGAUGUAAACACGUUUCACGAGUGACGCGAGUGAGAAGAAUCUCGGGAGAGAAAAUAGGCUGUUUUGUGUGCGCAUAUAACCUAUUGUCCGUCGAAUUCAGUAGUUUAUCGCGUCAAGUGUAUCGUUUUCGUAAAUAACGGUCGUGUGCCGAGGUUUAAUAAAGAUAAUCUACACAUCGAGAUAUUGGAAACUUCGUAAUUUCGUGUUUACAUAUUCGUGUUGACCGACGGAACAGAAAGCUGUAAGUGAUUUUCGCCAUAUCUUAUCUCCAAUGUCAAAACAUGGCCUAAGUGAACAGAGUGAAAUGAACGUUAAAAUAACAAAUACGUAUAAUCGCUAUCUUUAUUUUUCGGUACCUGUUUGUAGAGUAAAGUGACUGCAUGUGAUGUUUCAUUAAUUUGGAAAACAAUAAACCUUUUAAUUUCGCUAAGACAAUGCGCAUAUUGAAUACCGUUUAAUAUGUUGCUGUCGCUGCAUCGAGUGCUAUCGAGCGGAAGGUGAAAUAGUCAUACCGGAAAUCGAACGUCGAGUCUUAAUUUCGAGGCAGUUAGACAAACGUCCCGAACGCCAUGGACGAAAUCGAGAGCAUGCAUGUCGACCAGACGCCGCUUGUCUACGUCAACUCUAGUGGAUGCAGAUCCCACGACAGUAUCGACAGCGGCUAUCUGUCUUCUUUCACGCCACAAAACAGCAGCAACAAUUUGAUAGUGACCGGAUGUAGAACGCGAUUGUCCACCGGCGCGCUGAGUAAGAAGCAUUAUAGGUUCCGUCCGGAUCCUAUUCAAUGCGAGAAAGUGCAGAGACGCCGUUCCAAGCACAAUUAUUUGCCAAACGCCUCGGAGUCCUCCGAUUACCUUGUUUCCGAAAAUUCCAUCGAACAAGAUUCUGUGCUGGAUCCGUCGUAUACGAGCGAUAAUCAACGUCUCAUAGUGCACUCCACUCCGAGUUGCAUCAUCCACAAUGAAUUUGACGAAAUUCACGGAAAUAAGAGAAGCUGGCAAACCACGGUGCCUAUUACUCCUGCGUCGACGGACCUGCGAUUUCUGUCGCCACCUCCGUCGCCAACAGUGCCGACCUCAUCUUACGUAGCCUCUGAACCCAUCCAAGAAGAUGUGGAAAUGAAGCUAGUCGAACCUACGUUGGAGAGUAAAUCACAAAUCACAACACCGCCGAGACUGAAAGUCUCAGUACCACGGAUUAUAAUCUCGCCGGUUCGCAGGAGAAACAGCCCCGCCAUAACGUCGGUCGAGAAUCGGAAGCUGAGUGAGCUAUGUAUUACAGAUUUGGCUGCCGAUAUUAAACCGAAAAAGUUGAAUUUCGAUCGCAGCUCGUUUAUAGCACUAUGGAACAACAACAGAGUUGCUUUGAGCUAUAUUGCGAAGGAAAAGGUGGACUUUUUAUCACUUCUUGGAGAAGAAAGCAAUCACCUGAAUGUAGUGUCGAAAAUUCUCUCCUAUCUCAGUCCUCGAGAUCUGUGUUCCAUCAGUAUGGUGUCCACAACAUGGAAGAAGAUCUGCGAGAGGGAUUUUUGCGCCAACAGGAGAAGAAUGAAUUACAUCCUGUGCAAGCAGAACAUCAAGGAAAAUUUGAAGAUUGUGACGAAAAAGGCGAAGCGUGAGGAGGAUAUACAGAUGAGUCCUAAGAGCAGAUACCAUUUCAGAAAAGGAUGCCUGAUGGAUGUGCAGAAUGUACUGCGUGUUCCGGAACAGCAGCGACCACCGAACAGUCCACCUGUAUCGCCGAGCAAAGUCAAAUUCCACUGCUUCAUCAAAGCUAGUCGUGCACUCGCAAGUGGCGAACAUCUCUUACCGUGUCCGAGAUGCACGUUUCCCUGUCACGUGGACAAUGAAAAAAAUGUGGGAACCUGCUCGAGACAGGGCUGCUCUAUCGAAUUCUGCAGCUCCUGCUCGUCGAAGCCGCACACGGGCCCGUGUAAAACGCCCUUAUUGGCCACCCCAACGAAACGGAACAACAAGCGUCUGAUCGUCGGCUCGAGGCAGAGCAAACGGAAUCUGCGACGAUUAUAAGCUGAACCUCUCGAGUUCUACAUUUCCGAUCGUCCGUAGGAGAACUAGUCUAGUUACAGAGUCGCGUCCGGUUCUACCAAGAGGAAGAUGUACAUUUAUAGAUGAGAUGUAUAUAUUAUAGAUAUGAAGAAUCAAAGCUAAUUUUAUCCAAGUAAAAUCGAAUCUAAAUUAAUGAUUAUAUAUAUUAAAUUAAUGAUUAUAUAAUUAAUACUUUUUAUUGGCUUGGCAGUUCAUUUGAGUGAAACUAGCAUGAUGUUAGUAACAUAAUCUGUGUUCAUUGCAUAAUCGAGGUAAAUUCGGUUGCACGGCAAAUAAUAGUCCAUCUUUGUAGCUUAAAAGUGCCUUAACGCAAUGCCUUCACAUAGUAUAUUAUCCGUGAGGUAACAUAAGCACAUUUUAGGUGCUGUAUGUUCCGCUCGUAAAUGAUUUUUAGAUGCUGUAAAUUUGGUAAACGUCUUAAUUUACACCAAUCUAUCGAUAUUACAGCGGCUAAAUGCCAAAGUGUGGCUUAAAUCUUCCGAAACGAUGGUGGCGAAUGUGCAACCGAAUCUUGCUCGAGCCCUCCCCCUCGUCUUCAUCGUCAUUUUCAGAGCAACGGAGUAAAGUUUGUUCUGGGCGAUGCAACGGGCGGGAGAGAAGAAGGAGAGAGAUAGAAGGGGCAAAAGAACAAGAGAUUGGCAGUUAAAGGAGUACCUGCGAGGUGCAGAGAAAAGGAUAGGACGAGCAUGCGAGACAGGGUGGAGGAGAAAUGAGAAACCAUAAAGGCAACGGUCGUAAAACCCCGUAAGGGACCGGCGAAACACUUUGCGUUGCCCGGAUAUUCCGCUUUUUACCGAACGCGUUCGGCCUCUUAAUGAAGCCGGGGAGAGAAGCUCGCGUAUGUUCGUACAGCCAGAGCCCGUCCGCAGAAACUGCUCGCUCUCCCGCGAGAAUCGCCUCGUAAAACACAACUGCCAAGACGGUCACGACAUAUGAUCUCGACGACCCUUGGAACGAGGCGAUUCUCAUUUAUCUAACCGCUCGUUACUCUCUAACAUCUUUCGCAUGAUAUUAGAAAUGUAGGAAAUGUCAGAAGUUUUAAUCUUGUUUCUUCUUCAACCGUGCAAAAUUAGGAUUGCUCAAAAAGUAUUGAAAUUACAUAGCAAUAAAAGAAAUAUAGAUAGGUGCAAACAUGUAAAAAAUGAAAAAAAGCAUAAUGGUAGAGUAGAACAUAAGAAUGACGUCGAAAAAGCGCACACGAUGUAAUAACAUAUCCAUUGGUCCAUAAAGUAAAACGAAAUGUAAGAAGCAGUUGAAUUAUUUUUUUUUGUUGAUUAUUAUAAAUUAUUAUAUAAUUGAAUAUAUAAUUAUUAUAUAAUCGAUAAAA